AUGAAUUUCUCUCCGAUAGGAAUCUCCCUUCUCCUCGCUCUCCUAUCGCCGACUCUUCUCUCUGGCUCCGGCGAUUCCAGGACCCUCGAGGAUGAAUUUCCUCCGACUGUAUGUAUCGUCGGGAGUGGAAUCGGAGGCUCAUCUGUCGCUCACUUCCUCCGUAACUACUCUGUUUAUAGCGACUUGGAUCGAGCCCGGAUUCUGAUGUUUGAGCGUCACGAGAUAGUCGGUGGGCGCAUGAGGACCGUUACCGUCUCCGGUGAUACGUUCGAGGCUGGCGGUUCGAUUCUGCACCCGAAAAACUACCACGCUCGAGAUUUUGUGGAGAGGUUCAACUUGACGGUUCGAUUGCCGACGCCGAUUGAAGAAUCCUGCGCUCUCGGAAUCUGGGAUGGGAAUAAGUUCAUCUUCAAGACAUUCGGUUCGAGUAUCAAAUUUCCGUUUGUGGAUAAGAUCGUCUCUUGGGUGAAUGAUUUGUACAUAUUCGUGCGUUACGGGUUUUCACUGUUGAGAAUGAGUAGCUUCAUUGAGAAUACAGUUGGUAAUUUCUUGAAGUACUAUGAGAGUCUAGAAUCAAGACCUGUCUUCGACAAUGUUGAAGGGAUGCUUAAAUGGUCGGGCCUGUACAAUCUCACAAAGCUGACUUUACAGGAGAAAUUAUCUGAAGCUCAGCUAUCUCCUUUAUUAGUCAACGAGCUAGUUACCGUUAUUACUAGGAUAAACUAUGGACAAAGUGUACUCAUCAGUGGACUAGCUGGUGCAGUCUCCUUGGCUGGUUCAGGUGGAGGAUUAUGGUCUGUUGAAGGUGGGAACUGGCAGAUGGCUGCAAAACUGAUCAAUCAUUCAGAUGUAACAUUACACCUGAACGAGCAAAUUGAUUCCAUUUCACAUCACGGUAACUAUUACGAGCUUAACUCCACAAAAGGAAACUGCUUCAAGUGUGAUAUUACAGUAGUUUCUACACCGCUAGACGAGGUGGAUAUUCAGUUCUCACCCGCGAUCUCAAUUCCCAAGAGGGAAUUACAGCACACGCACGCAACUUUCGUGAGGGGACUUUUAAACCCGGGAUAUUUUGGGAUAAAAUCGGUUUCGGAUGUUCCAGUUUUGGUGGGAACUCUUGAAGAUCCUCGAAUUCCAUUCUCAAGCAUCUCGAUUCUAAGGAAAUAUAGCGAAACAGAUAUGACAUACAAGAUAUUUACGCGGCAGCCUGCAUCAGAUUUAUUGCUUGAUGAACUCUUCAGUGCGAGAACCGAAACCGUUCGCAUAGACUGGGGUGCAUAUCCCAAGUACCACGCGCCUGAAGUUUUUGCACCGUUCAUAUUGGAUGAUCAUCAUUUGUACUAUGUGAAUGCUUUUGAAAACGCAGCUAGCACAAUGGAGACAAGUGCAGUGGCUGGUGAGAAUAUGGCGAGGCUCAUAAUUUCUAGAUACAGGACAGAAAAAUCAUCGUCUUCCUCGGACACAAGAAGCUGUAGUUCUGGUCUGCACUCAGACUUGUGAACAAACUUAAUUUCUUUUGUUCAAAAAAGAAAAAGACACUGUUGUACGAAGAAAAGUAUGAGAUAUAUAUCCAUAUGUAUAUAAAAAGAGAAACUUGAAGCUGUAAAAACUGUAACCUAAAGCUGUCUUUGUUUUCAGUU